AUGAGGAACAGCCAUCGCCCUUCUUUGGGAAGUUGCAGAGAAGGCCGAGGAGUUUUUCAUCGUCAACGCGCGAAGACAAGCGCGAGCAAAAACGCGAGGAAAAAGACAACGAGCUUAAGCGCGAGAUGUCGAGGAGUGCUGCGCGCGAACGCUUCCUCGUCGUCUUCCUCUUCUUCUCUUAAGAAAGUAUCACCGUCCUCGUCGUCGUCUUCUAAAAACAACAAAGGCGAAAAUAUCAUCGUCGUUGGAUUAGGAACGAGAGGCGUGACCAUCAUAGACGAGUUGCAAGAAGGCGCCUGCUUACCGAAAGCACAAUUCUGGUCGAUAUCGUCGGAUGUUGGGAUAUUAACGAGGACAAAAUCGACGAACAGAUGGCGAUUACCGCCGGCGACGAGCGAUAUUCCGCAAUCGGCGGUGAUUGAUAACGCGACGAGCGCCGCGCAGUCGGUGUUGUUCGCCGCGGAGAGCAUGAGUUUGGAAGCCUUCUCUUCGGGAGGAGACGACGACGACGAUAAAAAGAAAAGUAAACAAGAGAAACAAAAAGAGUUGGACGAGAAAGUGCACAUAUGCGUCGUCUGCUCUUCGGGAGAAGCUGGCGGAGAAGCGGGGAUGUUAUUCGCGAAAGAGCUGUUCAAAUCGAAAAACAUCGCGAGCGAGAAAAAAACUCGAUUCCCGGGCAUAUGGGGCGGCGUCGAAACUCCGAGCGGGAGUACCGUAUCUAUUCACGCGGUCGCACCCUUCGAUUUCGAAGGACGACGGAAACGAGACGAAGGGUUGGCGUUUUUGGAUAUGUGUUCGAGGAAGAAAGGUGCGGAUUCUGUGGUUGUCGUUUCGCAAAGAGACGCGCAGGCGCUGGAAGGAGAACCGAUGACUUUAGAAGCCGCAUCGGCGUUGGCGAACGAUUUUUGUCGUUGGAGCGUCUUGAACGUCGCGAAAGACUUGAGGCGAAACUCGACGUUUUGGGACGCGCGCGUGAACGGAGAAAACGAACGGUGUGGGAUAUUAGACGAACAAAACGCGUUUAAAGAUGCCAUUUCCUCGAAAACUUUACGAGAGAUUAAUAGCCAAAACUUAUCGAAAAGUGCAAGUGGGGGUUGUGGCAUCGCCGUCGUCGGGUGUGCGGUGGAGGAAUUGAAAACGUACGGCACGGAAGACGAACAGAUUUCUGCGGCGAUUGUUUCCGCGGUGAAGGAAGCGGCGGAAGAUUCGCCGUUUCUCGACCCGACGCAAGCCCUCGGCGAGAAAUGCGUACAUCUCGUGUGCCAAAUCUCCACGCCUCGAGGUACGCUUGGACCGUUAGCGAGGAAAUCUAUAACCUCCAGCUUAGCUGCGUACGUGGACCCGCUGAAAUGCGGCGUGACUAUAUGUAAAGCGCCGGCUGAAAAUACCGUCGGAUGCAUCGAGAUUUCCUUAUACGCCGUGGCGAAUUUUGAAACCAUCGCGGAAAGAUUUACGUUGCGUCAAUCGCAGAUUGCGUUGAGAAAGCUCAAAGAUAGAAACUUACCCGAGCAGAUGAUAAAUAAUUUAGAACCGAGGAAGAAACGUUUGGAUUGGUCUUCGGUGGAUGAUUUCGUCGACGAGAGCAACGAAAACAAAUUCACGUCUCCGCCACCAAAGCGUUCUUCUCCUCAAACCGCUUCGGACGGAAAAUCCGUCGAUUCCAUCUUCGACGAGGCAUUAAUGUCUGUCGACGAAUCCAACGAGUCGUUGCUUCGAGCGGGUGACAUGCUAGCAAACAUUAGCGAGGACGGAACGAUGGAAGAUGCGCCGGAAAUCAACCCGUUCGUAACCACGGACGAAGAGUUUGAUUUGGAAAGCGAGAACUUUGUCGUCUUGGAAGACGAGGACUUAGAAGUUCCUCCUCCUCCUCCUCCUCCUCCCUCUAGCGAUACAGAAGAGAAGCAGAAGACGACAGAAUCUAGCGCGGUAACCACCGCCAACAACGACGCGGCGCGCAUUACGGUACCUGGAGAACUUACGGGAAGCGUCGUCUUGACGCCGGUUCGAGUGUUGCGCCCGAAAGAAGACGCGAGCGGUAACGUCGUCGGAUAUCGCGCGGUAGACUCCGUCAACGAUUACGACAAAGCCGACGUCGACGACAACGACAUCGAUACUCAAAACGAAAAGAGCAAUAGCAAUAGCAAAUUCUCCUUGCUCGGCUGGCGUCCGUUUUCGAGCAAAAACGACUCCUCCUCCUCUUCCUCCUCCUCCUCCAAAGUACGCUCGAGAGCCUUUGGUGUGCUCGAAUCCGACCGCGAAGCGCGCACGCGACCCAUCCUUCGCGUCGAAUACGCCAACAUGUGCGUCUACGAAGGCGAAGUCCUCGAAAAAACAACCAAAGCCGAAGGCUCUGGCAUCAUGCGCUUCGCCUCUGGCGAUUGGUACGAAGGAAGGUUCGCGCAAGGCAAACCCGACGGAAAAGGCAAGCUCUCGUUCUCGCGAGGAGGAUACUUCGAAGGCGAGUGGUUAAACGGGAAACCAGUCAACGGCUCACUCGUGAAACCACCACCACAAUCACCGGUGGGAUAA